CGCGAGCACGGCGGACGCUCCGUUCAUGAUGCACACGUUUCGGCACAGCUCCUGACAGCUGCGGAGGAAAGUCUUCUGGUGCAGCUCUGCAAGACCCUCGCCCUGCGUUUCCUCCCGCUUUCGCACAAGCUCCUUCAAGAUAAGGCAAAUGCUCUCUUAGCAGUACAUGCUGGAGAUUCUGCUCGGCAGGUUGGCAAGGGGUGGUCAGAUCGAUUCAUAGUACGGCACAGCGGUGAGAUU